GCAGAUUCCCACUUUUCUCUCUCUUUCUCCGAGCAGUACCACACACCGACCUCGUUUGAACCGCUGUUGGCGUCUCAUCGCAUCCCCUUCUACCCCAAAACAACUGACUCUUAUCAUGUCUGUGUGUCACUUGCACGCGUAGAUGUGUGUUUAAUGAGGGCAGCUGAGCGGUUCGAUGGACUUUCUCUACUUUACUGGACGAUCAUGGGACCACAUGGCAUCAACAGAGCUGUGCAGAGACUGGAGUUCUGCGACUGCAAGAAGGGACUCGGGGUGAAAAUAACCGGCGGGUACCGUGAGAUUACAGGAGAGGACUUUGGGGUCUACAUCAAGCGGGUGGUGGCUGGAGGCCUGGCUGACCAGGAUGGUCGCCUUAGGUCAGGUGACCUCAUUUUGGAUGUCAACAAUAACAGUCUGAUAGGUGUGACCAAUGAGAGGGCGGUGGAAAUCUUACGGACGGCCGCCUACUCCAAUCACAUGUCUCUGUUGGUUGCCAGAGACAAUGAAUCCAGGAGAGAGUUUGCAGAGUUCAUGGAAAAGUACGGGUCCAGCACCGUCAGCAGACAUUCCGGAAGGAUCUCUCCUACCCAGCUCUCUACAGUGACGCUGACGGACACAGCCUCCUCGUCUUCUUCCUCUCGCUCUGAGAGCCCCCUGCUCCUCAGUCCCAAAGAGGGGGUGGGUACCACCUCUGCCUCCACCCAUGGACCCCCGUACACCCCGCUGCCUGCCUACCACUCCAGCCCCUACUCUGUGCAAACGCCUCUACCACAGGUCUUCAGUGACAGUCUCAUUCGGUUGAUAUGCGUCUCCAAGGGAACAGGGUUAGGGCUCGUCAUUAAAGGCGGGACCAACAGCCCUGAAGGACCAAUGGUUUUCAUUCAGGAGAUGGUGCCAGGAGGAGACUGUCAGAAGGAUGGCAGACUGCAGGUAGGGGACCAGCUUGUGUCCAUCAACAAGGAGUCUUUGAUCGGAGCGAGCAAUGAGGAGGCUCAGAGCAUCCUGGCAAGCACAAAACUCAGACCGGACCCCACGGUGGAGAUAGCCUUCAUCAGGCGGCGGUCUUCGUCCGGCUCCAGCAGUGAAACCCAGAGCCCCACCAUCUCCCUGCAGGGGCCUGUAGGGGGCACUGUGUCCCAGGCCUCGGCUCCAGGGCUGGGGCCGCUGCACUCCCAGGCUGGCCUCUUGACCAAACUGCCCCCCGUCGCCGUACGCCCCCCCCCUGCCCAGCAUAGCGCUGCCCACGCCGCCCGUGCUCAACGUCAGCCAGGUGGGGGGCCUGCUCCUUCAAACCUAGGGGUUUUCACCAGAAAAGGGAUAUUAUUUGCUGUGCACGCGGCGCCCGUCAGAACAGAACCAAAGUGUGUCUCCACUGACAGCGCUAUCGACACCUGGCCAGACCCCCCCCCCAGCGGCCAUACUGCAGACAUCCCAGCCCCCCCCUGGAAGAGCUCCCUCGGCCCCCAACAUCGCCUGAAAUUGGAGAGGCUGGAGCAGGCUCUGGAUGUGCUUGGCUUGAAGCCCACAGAGUCACAGAGGCAGGCACUGAGGUCUCGACUCCGGGCAGACACAGCUGGGACCGUGGCCUACGCAGAGUUUGAGAGCCUAUCCAAGGAGCUCUUCAAGCCCCAGCUUCAGGAUGGUGUGCCAGUGUCCCAGGUGGGGUCAAAGUUCUCCUCUGAUGACCUGUCCAGUCUUCUAGAGUCUCCCUCAAACCCACUGCCAUCACUGUCAGACUCUGACGAUCUGGAAGAGAUGGAGCGACUGAGGAAGGACCACAUCGAGGCGCUGAGAGAGAUCCAGAAGCUACAGGUUCAACUGGCUGAGUCUCAGAGACUGCAUCUCGUGACAGAGGAGGAGCUUAACAAGGUCAAGCAGGAGGUCCAAUCCGGAGCAGUGGAGAGCAGGGCCCUGCGGUGCCGGGUGCAGCUGGCGGAGGUGGCCCAGAAGCAGGCCCGAGGCAUGGAGAUGGACUACGAGGAGGUCAUCCACCUGCUGGAGACUGAGAUCGCAGAGCUGAAAACGCAGAGGGCCGGACAGCCCUUCAACCCCAAGGAGGAAGCUGAGGAGCUGAAGAAGAGGGUGGCAGUCCUGGAGUGCCAGCUACGGAAGAGCGAAGGGGCCAAAAAGAGCUUUGAGUUGUCCACGGGCAAACUCCUUAACUUUGUAGAGACAGUUCAAGACUUCCUCCAAGAUACCCAAGGCACCAGUAAGAGCAACAGCUCUGGAGAGGCGAAGGUGGGCCCCGUGGCCCUGGCCCCCGCCCCGCGCCACAAGAAGGGCUCCUGGACGGUGGCCACACUCUCUCAAGAAGCCAAGGACCUCACCCGGACCGUCAGAGCCAUCCUGGAGGUGGACUGUCUACCGUAUGGCUGGGAUGAGGCCUACACGGCAGAGGGAGUCAAGUACUUCAUCAAUCAUGUGACCCAGACCACCUCAUGGAGUCCACCCGUGACCCCCGUCUCCCCGAAGUCGCCUCCAGCUCCGGAGCGGGUGACCGAGGGAGGGAGGGGGGAGGAGGAGGGAGAGGAGGAGGAGAAGGAGGAGGAAGAGGAGAAGGGAAAGACCAACACGUCUGUGUAGCUAGAGACUUUAGCUGGAGUGUUUAAGGUGUAGGCUAUUAUUAAACAUACCAAUGUCAUGUGUGUCAUGCCUUAAUAUUUAAAGCGGUUUUUGUUGUCCAAAUCCGACUUUUCCUUGAACUUCUUUCCUAGAAACCAAAUUGGCCUGAUUUAGCCAUCAGUGACGUAGUUAAUGUUUCUCCUCCAAAGCACUUCCCGAUCCAAUCAAUUAUCAAGACCAAUAUCCAUGGUACCUUGCACAAUGCGUCGAAGUGAUUUCAAGAUGCAUGCGCACAUCCCAUUUGCAAUUCCCCCAAAAUACAAAACACGCUGAAAUCUCUGUAGAAUCUCCUGAAAGACCAAAUAGGAGAGGGAAUUUGGACGGAAACCCCCAAUGAAAAUGAGUUUCGGGCUGGCUGUCACACUACAGAUGAUGGACUGGCCCAACAUUGUUUUUAUACAUACUUCAGAAUCAUAAUUUUGAAGAUGAUCUACUAAACUUGGUCGGGCUGAUAGGAUGCAUCGAGUAACUGAGUUCUGAAUUUGAUCCUAACUGACAUGUGACUUGAUAAAUACAAAGACCCAGUUUGAUAUUAAACUAAUGUCUGUCAGCUUAAUGUUUAAAUGUGCAGUGUAUUCUCAAUACCCAAAUUCAGCCCCCCAAAUAAAGGCUGAAUAAAGAUUUUUUAUCAAGAAAUAUUUCAGCAGACCAGACGCAAUUAUUUUUUUUUAUCAUCAAAUCAAUAGCGAAUCAAAAAAUACAAUUGAUAAUAUAUGAGCCCACCCCAUGAUGCGUUGUCAUGGUCCAACGCAGAUAUAGGCACGCUUGUACCAUCGAGGCCCCAGCGGUCACCUAGUCUCACUUUUGCGUGCAUGGCGCAUUUACACUAAGUCCCUAUAUGAAUGUAUAUAUUUCUCUAAAGAUGUUUUGUUUGAUUGUAUUUUAUGUAACCAUGUUGUCGCUUUGUAUUUCAUAUUCUAGCACUUUUCCCCUUCAACUUGUAGCAGCAUUCAAACACUUUUGGAUCUGCUGCCAGCUAAUAAAGUUUCCCCGAAAGGUUAAAAAACA